AUGAAGCCGCAGCACCCCAGUUCCACCCCCGGCCGCGGCGGCUACGGCCCCAACGGCGGAGCUCCGCACCCGCGCGGCAACCCGCACCACCUCGCAGAGUACAGACCCAAGGGCGGCCCGCAGCAGCACGACGCGCCCGCGCACCCGCAGAUGACGCCGCCCGGAGCCGACGGCAUGGACGUCAACGCGCCGGUCUUCAAGCAGGGCGGAGGCUUCAACCUGCAGCACACUGCGCGGCCGUACAACGGCCCGAUGGGCUACGCGCCCGCCCCCCCCAUGGGCGCGCCCGGCCCGGGCAUGCCCCAGCAGAUG